AGUGGAGUGUUACUGGUGCUAGUGGUAGUUGCAAUGUCUCUGUCAGGAGAAGUUUGUGUGGUGACGGGAGCAUGUGGCUUUCUGGGGGAAAAGCUGGUCAGACUCUUGCUGGAGGAGGAGAAGCUUGCAGAAAUCCGAAUGCUGGACAGAAACAUCCGGUCUGAGAUUAUACAGUCACUGGAUGAUUGCAGAGGAGAGACUAAACUGAGUGUUUUUGAGGGGGAUAUCAGGGACAGAGAGUUGCUGAGAAGAACCUGCAGGGGAGCAGCACUUGUUUUUCACACUGCAUCUCUCAUUGAUGUCUUUGGAGCAAUUGAAUACAGUGAAUUGCAUGGAGUCAAUGUUAAAGGAACACAACUGCUCCUCGAGACAUGCAUUCAAGAGAAUCUGGCUUCCUUUAUUUACACUAGCAGUAUUGAGAUCGCUGGUCCCAAUCCCAGAGGUGAACCAAUCAUCAACGGCAACGAGGAAACCCCUUACUCCUCCUAUCUUAAAUUUAACUACAGCAAAACCAAGGAGGAGGCUGAAAGGAUUUGCCUUCAGGCCCAUGGAGAGCUGCUCCACAAUGGAGGUCAUCUGGCUACUUGCGCAUUAAGGCCCAUGUACAUCUAUGGAGAGGGCUGUCGUUUUACAUUAGGCCACAUGAGGGAUGGGAUCCGCAAUGGAAAUGUGCUGCGGAGAACCUCGCGUCGUGAGGCAAAAGUGAAUCCUGUGUAUGUAGGAAACGUAGCCCUCGCACAUCUACAAGCCGCUCGAGCCCUCAGAGAUCCUCAAAAGAGGGAAGUAAUGGGUGGAAACUUCUACUACAUUGCAGACGACACCCCACCUGUCAGCUACUCGGACUUCAACUAUGCUGUUCUUUCACCACUUGGCUUCGGGAUACAAGAGAAGCCUUUUCUUCCCUUUCCCCUUCUUUAUCUUCUGUCAUUCCUUAUGGAAUUAGUGCAUGUUGUGCUCCGCCCCUUUUUGAGAUUUACCCCACCCCUAAAUAGGCAGCUACUGACCAUGUUAAACACACCCUUUAGUUUCUCAUAUCAAAAGGCCCACAGGGAUUUCGGAUAUACCCCUCGCUACAACUGGGAAGAGGCACGUAGACGCACCACUGAUUGGCUAGCAUCUGUUUUAUCCACAGAUGCACAACAAAUUCACCUGAAAUAAAUUAAAAUCUUGUGUAUAAACAGUGCUUCCCAUAUUUCUCAAUAUGUCAUCAUGUUCUGGUUGUUGGUUUACUGUAAACUGUCCUUCUCUGGAGAUCCAGUGUAAUAGAUAUACAAACAUAGAAUUAGCUCUAUUUAUGUAUUCGUUGUGUAG